UCAGAUCAAUGUAAGAGCAUCAGGCUCUAAAAACUCUGACAAAGAGUGGCUGAAUUCACCCAGUCACACUGAAGAUAGCAAUAUUUCAAAAAAGAUCAUGUGGGACUUUGUCAAUAAGAUAGCUAAAAGAAACAUUUCUAAGAAAAGAAAACAUUCCCAUUCUAGAUCUAAACACAAAGCAAAGAAGUCCAAAAAGAGAAAGUCUGGCUCAAGCUCCUUUUCUUCUAACAGUUCAUCGACUCUGACAGUCUGGAAAACAUGUACAACCCGACAGCUUCAGAUAAGUCUGAAUGGAGUUUAACAGACAAAAAGGUGAAAUAUGUGAAGAUGUUUUGGUUGAAGAAAACAUUACCCUAUGAAAACAUACGUGAAAAGAUUCUGAAACACACACCUGUACCUAAAAAGAAGGAGUUGAAGUUUAAGGAAAGAGAUGAGUUUGUGACACAUCUCUCUCAGAACCAUUUUGUACUAGAACAGGAGCAUAGGUUUAAAACUUUCCAAGACAAGAUGUUACAUGCCCUUGAGGGCUGUUAUGGUCCUUAA